AUUGCUGACUGGUGGGAGAUGACUAUCUUGCUGUUACAUGAUGAUCAUUCGUGCCCACUUUCAUCGGCAUGGAAACCGGUACUAGUAAGUGCAAGCGUAAUUGAACCGUGUGUAAACGACCAACAAGAAGGGGACCUGGUAUUGUUUUUCAAGGCCGCAACGCUAGAACCGGACCGAAUGUUUGCUGAUCUUUGCUUCAGAAACCGUCAUAUUCGCCGAUCGGUUCCAGUGCUGCAUCACGAGAUAGUAAGCAGCAACAGGUUCAUCUUACCCUGUGUCAGAUCGUCUCCCAGUGUUGGUGCGUAGAGUAAAACCUAGUGAACAUGAUUUAGGUCUGUGUUGUAACGGCCCGUACCAUUACAUUACGUAUGGCUAGACUCGUGUCGCCCGUAUGUCGUUUCAUUCUCGAUCUUUCUCGCUUUCUCUACUAGCUGUCUGCAUAAUCAAGUGCUAGUCUUCGGAGGUCGUAAGCCUUGCGAGUGCGGUAUCAACGUCAACUAACUCAUACGAAUAAAAUAUUCAUGUGCAACAGUGCGCACAGUGCAGUUGUGGAGUUUGCUUGCUUGAGAACGAUAAUCUCUCGUUCGGUGAAAAUCAUUUUCUUUGUACACUUGCCAAAAUGCCAUUAGAUAUCCAACGUGUCCUGGUAUGCGAUGCUGUUGACAAUGCGUGCGUCAAACUGCUGCAAGACCACGGAAUUCAAGUUGACUAUAAACUGAAGUUGUCGCAAGAUCAGCUAAUUAAGGAGGUUGAGAAUUAUGAUGCGCUCAUCGUACGCUCGGAUACGAAAAUUACGGACAAGAUUCUUGAUGCGGCUGCAGGACGAAUGAAGGUGGUUGGACGGGCCGGAGCGGGUGUAGAUAAUAUCAACAUUGAAGCUGCUACACGAAACAAUGUACUGGUGCUGAAUACCCCCGGAGGAAAUUCGAUUUCGGCGUGUGAACUGACGUGCUUUCUGAUCGGUGCACUGGCACGUCCCAUCUGCCCAGCGGCAACAAGCAUGAAGGAAGGCCGUUGGGACCGGAAAUUGUACUCCGGUACAGAGCUGUACGGUAAAACACUAGCUAUCCUCGGGCUCGGCCGGAUCGGGCGGGAGGUCGGUGUACGCAUGAACGCGUUCGGUAUGCGAGUUAUCGGUUUUGAUCCAAUCACAACUGCCGAAGAGUCAAAGGCUGCCGGUAUAGAGAAGAUGGAGCUGGAACAGAUCUGGCCACUAGCUGACUACAUUACUGUUCACACACCACUCAUUCCUGCCACACGAAAUCUGAUAUCGACGACUACACUCGCUAAAUGUCGAAAGGGUGUUCGUGUGAUCAACGUAGCACGCGGUGGUAUCAUCGACGAGGCUGGACUGCUGAUGGCUCUCGAAAGUGGCCAAUGUAGUGGAGCGGCAGUUGACGUUUAUCCGGAAGAACCUCCAAAAUCGGACACCACCCGGAAGCUAAUCAAUCACCCAAAGGUAGUUGCAACGCCUCACUUGGGUGCGAGCACGUCGGAAGCGCAGGUGCGUGUCGCUGUCGAGGUGGCCGAACAAUUUAUUGCCCUAACUGGUAAAUCGACCGUCUACACGCAGUAUGCCGGUGUCGUGAAUCGCGAGGUGUUAAAGAAUGUCUUUUAAAUUGAAUUCAUUUUUGGCUCCGAAAAUAGUCACCUGUUACGUGUGCCAUUUUUGGUCACGCCAGCCCGUCAAAAUCAAUCAUUUGCAUCCGAUCGGUGUGACGUCAUCUUCGGCACCGUGACGUUCUAAUGGCAAUUACUAAUGAAAUCGACCAUGGGCAUGAAAUUCAACACCAUCGGGUGAUGAAUUUGACAAAUAGGGAACAUUUCAACGAAAAAUCGUAAAUAAAGUGUGUAGCAUAAGGACGAGCACAUAUUACCCACACAAUAUACACACAUUCGCAAGGAGAUGAUUCAGCGAAUGCAGGACAUAUUUUUCUACCAUUGAAAAGGAUCCUGUUGUAACAAAUA